AAAUGACUAAAAGAAAGGGGCUUGGAUUUUAUGGAAAACAAUAUUUUUUUUUUUAUGUAUAAAUAUAGGUUUGUUUUUUUUCCUCAUUAAUUCUUUAAAAACGUUCAAAAAAAAAGAUGGAAAAACACGAAUAUCAAGCUCCAGGACCAAAUGAUUCAAGAAGUCCUUGUCCCGCAUUAAAUUCACUCGCUAAUCAUGGAUAUCUACCUCGAAAUGGGAAAAAUAUUACGGCAAAUCAAUUGAUCGAAGCAAUAAAUGAAGGUUUUAAUGUUUCAAAGUUUAUAGCCUUCAUUUUGUCUCAUGCAGGUUCCUAUUUGAUAGGAAAAACUCGAGAAGGUGAAUUAUCACUUGAAGAUUUAUUCAAUGACGCGAUAGAACACCCGGUAUCAUUAACACGUCCCGAUAAAGAUUUAAGUGAAGAUUAUAGAAAAAUUUCACCUGAAUUACUUGAUUCAUUAUUUUCAGAGAAAAAUGAAAAUAAUAAAUUAACAAGAAAAAGUUUUGCUAGACAAUUUAUUAAAAGACGUGAUCAAUCUCUUAGAGAUAAUUCCAAAUUUCAUGGAUUAUCUUUUCUUCAAAAAUAUCAAGUAUUCGGUGAAUAUUCUUUAACAUUACUUUGUUUUCCUGGUAGUGAAAAUGGAAGAGGAGAAGAAAUUGAUGUAGAUACUUUAAGAAGCAUUUAUCAAUUUGAAAGAUUUCCUGAUAAUUGGAAAAAAUCUGAAUCAACUAUUGGUUUAUCUCAACUUCAUAAUUUAGUGGGUAAUAUUCGAGACAUGGUGGAAGACUUAGAUAAAAAUAAACCCGAAAACAUGAAUAAAAUACUCAAAUAGAAUAGUCUAAUUUAGCGCAUAUAUUAUUAUUAUUACUGUUAUUUCUAUCAAAUAAUAAAUAGCUUUCUUUCGUAAAAUGUUACACUAUUUUUACUAUGAUUACUUGUAUAUCAAAUAUAUCAAAUAGAACAAUUUUCAAUUUUAGCAUUCAAAACUUUUUUUGGCUGAUCGAAAUUUUAUCACGUGAUAAUUACAAAUUGACUUUUUAAAU